UUCUAAAUGUUCCUCUGUCCUGUCAAGGCAAACCUCGCUCCCGGAGGUGUGGCCAGGAGACUGGAGAUGGGGCGGGGAGCUCAGCUCCUUUCCUCCAGUCUGACCACUCUCCGAGGGCAGAGCCAGUGGGCGGACAUCUGCGGAGGGGACAUCUCUAGGGACAGGGGCACUCCAGCAGCCCCUUCUGAGCCCGGCUGUCCUUUCCUUCCGGGGACCCUGGCACCUUGGCUGUGAGCACCCCCCAGGGGUGGAAACACAGGUUUCGCAGGGCCCUGGCAGUGCCGGCACGCGGGCACUCCGUAAACGCUUGUGGAAGGCAGGAGGCAGAGUCUGCUUUGACCGGCAUGUUGGUUUUGCUAACUUGGCAAAAUGAGGUCGGUCUGUUAGAACUGUCGGUGCUGAGCCAUGCAUUUCCUGGAAUAAUGAAGUUUCAGGUGAUUUGGUUUGGUUCAUUGUUUCACAUUUCUGCCCUGCUUGCCCAACCCUCUGCAAGAAGAUUUGCUCCCUACUAAGGUAAUCAGGUGACUCCUGCUCAAUGAAUCCUACUCGUGCCAGCUCCCAGGGGUGGGGACUGGGGGCCAGCCUGGAGCUCCUCCAAGGAGCCAAGAGACAAGCCCCCGGGGCAUGCCUGGAAGCAGAGUGCAUGCUGGCUCCUUCCAGAGGGGUCUUUAUUGCCUGAGGUCGGGGGUGGCCAGCUGAGAUCUUAGUCCUUUAAAUACAAGCCAGAGACAGCUCUCAUGGCAAUGAAAUAUCUCCUUUUUUAAAAAAAAUUGCUUGUGUUACCCAUCUGUUCUCCUGUAGUAGUCGGCAACGAUCAUAAAAGCUAGCGUGUGUUGGACACUUUACUGCCUUGCAGACACUGCACAGGCUGUGUCACUUAACCCUCCCGGCAGCCAACAGGAGGCAGAGGCUGCUGCCGCCCCACCCUACAGAUGAGGAAACAGGGCUCAGAGGCUCAGGAACUUGCCCCAGAACACACGGUCAGGAAGUGGUGGGACCCACCGAAGACCCUGCCGUCCGGGGGCUGCUCACUUAACCCCCCAGCCCUCCUAAUUCACUCAGGAGGAAGGGCCAGCUGCUUAUCCAGUGGGGACCAUGGGAUGAGAUGCGUGGUACCCAGGCUGUUGGGGGCAGGAGUGAGAGGAUGCUCUGGGCACCCUGGGCAGCCCCUUGGCAACUCUGCUGAACCGUAGCAAGAGCCCUCAAAGAGGUCUCCUUGCUUCCAUCAGGCCCCCAGCCUACAAGGCCGUUACAUUGUAAGCACAGAACUCUCCCACAGUCCCCAUCCCACUCAGAAUGAGACCGGAGUCCUGGCUCUCCCACCGCAAGGCACCACCGGGUCUGGCUCUGACCUCAUGUUGCCCUCCUACCCUCUGCCUUGUCCUCUCUGCUCCAGACUUGCCCACCUUCCUCAAACUCACCUGCCUCGGGACCUUUGCACUUGCUGCCCCCUGCCUAGAACGUUCUUCCUCCACCAUCCUCCUGGCCCACUCUCUCACCCUCUUCAGUCUGUCUGUCAGUUCGAGUUCUCAUAAAAGCAGAAUCUGGGCUGAGACUUAAUGCCAGCACUUUCCUGUGAGAUGCGAUCCCAGGGCAGCAUGAGUGAGGGAAGAGGGAAGUGAGGACAAAAAGGCUGGGACGCGCGCACAAGAUGAUGCUCUAGUGGUGACGCCCUGCUUCACACAUACCUGGCUGGUCCCUCAGCCCCUUGGGGCCUCAUCAGAGAGACUACCCAAAAAAAGACAGGAAGGAAGGGCGGAAAGGAAAGCUUCCUUUGAGGCGGGGGGAUGGAGAGGAGAUUUAUCUGCCAGCCCCUUCUUUUUUCCUGACCCGCUGUGGUCUAAGUUCACCCUGGGGAGUGGCACUCUCGGGUCCAGUUGCCUCGCCAGGCCCUCUGGCAGCAGCUGGGGAAGCGAGGGCCCACCCCGUGGUGUGGCGCUCCAUCCAAGGCCAGAGACUUUCUGGGGCUGGGGGCAUACUCAGCCAGAGACUCCUGGUGGCCUCAGCUGUGAAGCCAGGAGGACCAGGUGCGUGUGUGCCCCAUGGGGUUGGGGAGGAGCGAGCAGCUACAGACCUAGGGGAGCGAGGCCGAGGGGCUCUGAGUCAGCACCCCACACGGGGGCUCAGGUACCAGGUCAGUGUCACCUCUGCGUGGGCCUUCCCUGGACACCCUCCGUAAAACGUCCCACCCAGCCCCUCCCACGCAGCCCCUCCUGGUCCCCUGCUCUACUUCCUUCUCCUUAGCACGUGUCAUUAAUCUGCUGUGUAUGCUGUUCCCCUGUUGAUGACCUGUUUUCUCCUCUAGAACGUGAGCUCCAUGGGGACAGGAAAGAUGUCUGUCUUGUCCUCUGUCGUAGCGUGAGCCCUCCAUGCUGUGUGCAGUAAGAGGAAGCUUCAUUCGGGAGCCAACAUGAAUGGAUACGCUGAGUAUGCCCCCAGCCCACCCCACCCCACCACGGAGCACACAGAGCCCAUGCCCAGUGGAGCCCCACUCCAGGAGGACGUCGACAUGAGCGGUGGCUCCAGUGGAAAUGAAACCAACGAAAACUGCUCCACGGGGCGGGACUCGCAGGGCAGCGACUGUGAGGACACUGGCAAGGAGCUGGGGAUGCUGGUGGAGCCGCCCGACACCCACCAGGGUCCAGAUGCCUUUAGCCUGAUGAUGGCGAAGUCUGAACACAACCCGUCCACAAGCGGCUGCAGUAGCGAGCAGUCCGCCAAGGCAGACACGCACAAAGAACUGAUAAAAACGCUGAGGGAGCUGAAAGUCCACCUGCCCGCAGACAGGAAGGCCAAGGGGAAGGCCAGCACGCUGGCGACCUUGAAGUACGCCCUGAGGAGUGUGAAGCAAGUGAAAGCCAACGAGGAGUAUUACCAGCUGCUGAUGUCCAGUGAGAACCACUCCAGCAGCGCAGAUGUGCCCUCCUACACCGUAGAGGAAAUCGAGAGCGCCACCUCCGAGUUCAUCGUGAAGAACGCGGAUAUGUUUGCUGCGGCUGUGUCCCUGGUCACUGGGAAAAUCCUGUACAUCUCUGACCAAGUUGCCUCCAUCUUUCACUGUAAGAGAGACACCUUUUACGAUGCCAAGUUCGUGGAGUUCUUGGCGCCCCAUGAUGUUAGCGUGUUCCACAGCUCCACCACGCCUUACAAGCUUCCCCCGUGGAGCAUCUGCGGGGGCGCAGACUCUUUUACUCAAGAAUGCAUGGAGGAGAAGUCGUUCUUCUGCCGCGUCAGUGUCGGGAAGAACCACGAGAACGAGAUUCGCUACCACCCGUUCCGCAUGACGCCUUACCUGGUCAAGGUGCGGGGCGCACACGCCCCCGAGAGCCAGCUGUGCUGCGUGCUGCUGGCCGAGAGAGUGCACUCGGGCUACGAAGCCCCCAGAAUUCCUCCUGAAAAGAGAAUUUUUACGACCACACACACCCCAAAUUGCUUGUUCCAGGACGUGGACGACAGGGCGGUCCCCCUCCUGGGCUACCUACCUCAGGACCUGAUCGAAACCCCCGUGCUCGUGCAGCUUCACCCCAGUGACAGGCCCUUGAUGCUCGCCAUCCACAAGAAGAUCAUGCAGUCUGGUGGGCAGCCUUUUGACUAUUCGCCCAUCCGGUUCCGCGCCCGGAAUGGGGAGUACAUCACACUGGACACCAGCUGGUCCAGCUUCGUCAACCCGUGGAGCAGGAAGAUCUCCUUCAUCAUCGGGAGACACAGAGUCAGGGUGGGCCCUUUGAAUGAAGACGUGUUCUCAGCUCAGCCAUGUGCGGAGGAGAAGGCCCUGCACCCCAGCAUUCAGGAGCUCACAGAGCAGAUCCACCGGCUGCUGCUGCAGCCCGUCCCCCACAGCGGCUCCAGCGGCUACGGGAGCCUGGGCAGCAACGGCUCCCACGAGCACCUCAUGAGCCAGACCUCCUCCAGCGACAGCAACGGCCACGAGGACUCCUGCCCAAGGAGAGCCGAAAUUUGUAAAAAUGGUAACAAGGUCAAAAACAAAAGUCAUUAUCCUGAUGAAUCUGGAGAACAAAAGAAAAAUUCUGCUACAGAAAUGCACAGUCGUUCCCCUGCUCAGAGGACAGCCGUCCCGGCUGCAGAAAAGGACAGCUCCGGGGCCAGCCCCGCCAAGGCCAGCCUCCCUGAGGAGCUGGCCUGCAGGAACCCGCCGGCCGGCUCCUACCAGCAGAUCAGCUGCUUGGACGGUGUCAUGAGGUACCUGGAGAGCUGCAGUGAGGCCUCCACCCUGAAGAGGAAGUGCGAGUUCCCCGCCAACGUCCUCACACAGAAGGCCAGCGAUAAGCGGAAGGCCACCGUCGGCCCCGGGCUGCGUUGCACAGAGACGGCGUCGCCCCCCGAGGUCAACAGCCACGCGGACGUCAGCGCGCACUUGACCUCGCUGACGCUGCCCGGCAAGGCGGAGAGCGUGGUGUCCCUCACCAGCCAGUGCAGCUACAGCAGCACCAUUGUCCACGUGGGCGACAAGAAGCCACAGCCUGAGCUGGAGACCGUGGAAGACCCUGCAAGUGGACCCGAGUCUGUGGACUGCCCGGUCGGCCCCGCCCUGCCCUGCAGCCUUGGCCAGGAGAAGGAGCCCUUCCGGAAGCUGGGCCUCACCAAGGAAGUGCUGGCCGCCCACACCCAGAAGGAGGAGCAGAGCUUCCUGCUGAAGUUCAAAGAAAUCCAGAAACUCGACCUUUUCCAGUCUCGCUGCCAUUAUUAUUUACAAGAAAGAUCCAAGGGGCAGUCGAAUGAAAGAAUCGCUCCUGGACUAAGAAAUACCUCUGGAAUCGAUUCAUCGUGGAAAAAAACUGGGAAGAGCAGAAAAUUAAAGUCCAAACGGGUCAAGCCUCGAGAUUCCUCCGAGAGCACUGGGUCUGGGGGGCCUGUGCCCCACCGGGCCCCACUGGGGGGCCUGAACGCCACGGCCUGGUCGCCGUCAGAUGCAUCCCAGUCCAGCUGCCCCGCCAUGCCCUUCCCCGCCCCUGUGCCGGCUUACUCCCUGCCCGUGUUUCCAACCCCAGGAAUCGUGCCUGCACCAGGGAGCAUGGCAGCAGCGCCCCUGGCUCCCCACACCAGCUUCGCGGUGCCCGCGGUGCCCAUGGACACCCAGCACGAGUUUGCCGUCCAGCCCCCGCCAUUCGCCACCCCCUUGGGCCCGGUCAUGGCGCUGGUGGUGCCCAGCUAUCCUUUCUCCCCGGUGACCUCGAACCUGCCCCAGGCCUUCUUCACCAGCCAGCCCAACUUCCCAUCCGAGGUGCUCCCUGCCUCGCAGCCCGAGUUCCCUGGUCGGACCUCACCCCCCAGACAGCCGUGCGCCUGUCCUCGGGCAGAACAAGGGCCACUGGCUUCGAGAGCCACCACUCCGGCCACCCCACUGUCGGUCGCCGCGCCCACAGGCAGGGCCUCCCCACCACUCUUCCAGUCCCGUGGCAGCUCACCCCUGCAGCUCAACCUGCUGCAGCUGGAGGAGACGCCCGAGGGCAGCACCGCCGCCACAGCGACCGCGGGGACCAUGGUGACUGCGGGGACCACAGGGGCGGGGCCGGACUGCAAACCUGGUGCGGCCUGCAACCAGCAGCCAAAGGCCCUCUCAACCCACCACGAGCCCGCAGACCCCCAGAGCAGCGACGCCCUCUCCACGUCCAGCGACCUGCUCGACCUGUUACUGCACGAGGACCUCUGCUCGGCCACAGGCUCGGCCCUGUCGGGAAGCGGGGCCUCUGCCACCUCUGAUUCCCUGGGUUCCGGCUUGCUGGCCUGUGAAGCGUCCAGAAGCGGGACAGGCAGUAGUGACACGAGUCACACCAGCAAAUAUUUCGGAAGCAUCGACUCUUCGGAGAACAAUCACAAAGCGAAAGCGAAGGUGGACGUGGACGGAAGCGAGCACUUCAUCAAGUACGUCCUGCAGGACCCCGUCUGGCUGCUGAUGGCCGACACGGACGACAGUGUCAUGAUGACGUACCAGAUGCCUUCCCGAAAUCUGGAAACGGUUUUGAAGGAGGACCGAGAGAAGCUGAAAGUGAUGCAGAGAUUCCAGCCCAGGUUCACGGAGGGCCAGAAGCAGGAACUGCGGGCAGUCCACCCGUGGGUCCAGGCGGGCGGCCUGCCUGCGGCCGUCGACAUAGCAGGAUGUGUUUACUGUGAAAACAAGGGAAAAGGCAACAUUUUUGUACCAUAUGAGGAAGAUAUCCCUCCUCUGCGACUCAGCGAAGCAACAGACACCAAAGAAGAGGAAAAUGGAGCCCCCCCGAGUCACAGAAGCGAGGAGCAGUCGUAACCCCCCAGCCCCCAGCCCGCACAGCCGCGGUCUGCGUUAGAUGGUGCUCAGAAGAGAAGAAGGAGCUUCAUUGGUUUCUGAGGAAAUGGACAGAUAGGCUAAUGUUGCUUUUCUUUGUUUUAGAAAAAAAAAAAAACAUAGUUUUCUGAAGGGGUGAUUUAAAACUGUGUAGGGUGAGAAGAGUUUGGGAAGGAACACAUUUUUAUAUUUAAAAUAUAAAUACGAGUUUUGGGGAACGGGGGAAGAGGUUUUCAUAGUUAUUUAACCUGAGAAAGACUGAACCCCCUCAUUGUGAGUGUCGGGGGCCAUCCUGCGGCUCUCAGAAGUCCUCGGACCACGCUGAAGCCUCUGUGGCCAGUGCACCAGUGUGCACGGCCUCGCAUGGGUUGCCGGAGGCAUCAUAUCCAGCCGUGGCCAACAGCUAGGAUGCUGCAUGCAGCUCUGACCUGAGGGCACCAGCCUCCCGGAGCCUCCGCAGGGUGCGUUUGGAUCAGAUCAAAUUCUGUCCUCUCUCGGGGGCUGCUUUUUAUCUAAAUUAUCGUUCAGUCAAACUAGAUGUUUUUAAAACAUACCAAGUAGAGAUCACAGCCUCUCCUAACUUUCUUUCAAAAUGUUUCGCGUUCAGCAGCGUGAAGCGUAGUUUGGCUUCAGGUAGCGUAGUGGUGAGCAUUUCAAUCUGACGCAGUUUUCAUUGGGGGCGAACAAAGUUGAGAUGCUCUCUCUGGACUAGUGAGCCUAGUGGUUUGUGUGACCAGCUCCAUCAGAUUAAUCCACACCCAGGCCUGUCUGAAUAUUUCUCCAUCGUUCUUGUAUCCUUUUCAGACCAUGACCAAUAUGUAGAUAAAAAUAUGCUGUUGGUCACCUCUUUCCUGUGACUUCCCUCUGCACACCGGGCUCUCAUCGCCACAUUUGGGACCCAUUCGUGUUUGUGCUUUGCUUGGAGCUUCCCAGACGUCAGCCCUGGGCCAGCCCAGCUAGCGCCUUCUCCUGCAGACCAUGUCUGUGCUUUCCGGGGGGCCGUGAGCUCACCUCUCCCACCCCACCCUGGGCUGGGACGCUGGCCCUCACUCUUUCCGUGGGCUUGACCUCGUGCUGCAGCUUCUGAUCUCUGCCGUGAUGUCCGCUCGUGUCACCAGCAGUUUCUGGUCAUUGGGACACUUGGCAAAGAGUGAGGGCAGCCUGUCCAACUUUUACAAAACCUCACGUUGCAUCGUUAUCCCAAAGAUUGUUUGGAAAAAUUUUAUAUUGGUCCCUGGCGUGAGUGGGAAGUUACCACUGAGGAAACAAUUGACUUAAAAUUGGAUGGAGUCUGUAGAAACUGAGAAGGAAGCAGGGUUGUCUUGUUCUCUGUUGGAGGAGCAGCUGCUUGAGCAGGUGACAUCUCCUUGUAACCCAGUUGAUUUUCAUCGUAAAACCAUCUUAUGCCUGAAUAUUAAUUCUAUUUUUUAUAAACUGAAACACAAGAACACUGUUAAAUUUUUUUUUUCUAAUUUACAAAGUAGCAUCACCUUCAGAUGCCCAAAAUGAGGUGGUGGUCUGUGCAUUUGUGUGGAAAUAAGAUGCUGGAAACUGCUUCCUGCCUCUGAAGUCAGACCAUUAAGGGAUUGGACCCUAGUCAAGGUCACAUGAAUGUUACCUAAACACAAAACUGCCAAAACUGUCUCUACUGUUCUGAGUGUUUACCGUUGGCAUUCUUUUAUUAUUUAACGUGUACUCAUUGUUAACUGCAUCGCUUCAACACAUGCUGAGAAGUUGACAGUAGGAGCAUUUUGUGAAAUUGUUUACACGGUGCCACACAUCGACUUGUGUGUUUCUUUAGUCUCUGUGCUUACACGGGUGUUAUAAAAACUUUUUCUCGAUUUUAAACUGAGCCUUCUUUUUAAUAUAUUCCUAAGAAGAUGUGUAAAUAAGCUCUCAGAGUCUGUGCAAUGACUUGUUAAGCCUUUCGGGACAAAUGGUUUGUUCAUGCGCCAACUAAACCUUCUCCACCCAGUGCAAUAUGUUUGUCUGACGGCUUGUGUCUUUUUACGACUUUUUUGCCUUUUAGAAAAUUGGUAAAUAAAGCAAGUAUAUUUUUAUUUUUAA